GCGCGCGCGCAGGGAUGGGGCCGGGACCGAGCGGCGCGCGCCCUCCCGCAGGUCGGCUCGGUGCGCGCGCGGCCCGCCAGGCCACGCGCCGGGCGGCGGUGCGCGGGGACCCCCGGGUUUCGCCUGUGCAAGCCUCCGCGGACCUUCUGCUGGAGGCCGACGUCAGGGGGCGCCAAGGAGCCGGGGGGAACCCGGGCUCCCGCCUCCCUGAGCCCGCCCGGAGGCUGGGGCUCGGAGGAUGCAGCAGGGAGAAGCAAGAACCGGAUGCAGAACAGGCAGCACCUACGUGGGCGUUUCUGCCUUCGACGGCUUCGGAGAGCCUUGGCUGACUAGUUGAGAAAAUGCAGAAGAUCUUGCAGACAGAUGACAUCACGGACAACCAAGUUCUAAGAAAAAGAAAGAGGAAACGGACAGAGACCGUGAACUCAGAAAACACAAACAGUGCCCAGGAUAAAGCCCAGAGAGACCCAUAUUCAGGAAAUGCCUUCCUGCCUGGGGAGAGUUCCAGCGAUGAGGAAACGCCCUUAGCAGAAUUGUCCAAGGAGGAACUUUGUAACAAAAUCGAAAACCUGAAAGAAAAACUAAGAAGCAUCCGGAAAGAGAACAGCCGGCUUCGACAGUCCUUGGUCAUGCUGCAAGUGUUACCGCAGGCAGUCACCCAGUUUGAAGAGCUUGUUGGGAUGGCAGAGACCCUCCUUAAGAGUGGGGGAGCCCCGACCACACCAGCGUCUACUCUCUGGAGAGCAACCAACAACUCCUCCCCAGACUCGUUUGCUUCUCUGUGCAGUAAUUCCAGCUCUUCUUCCGGCUCCCCCAGUUCCGUGAAGGCUGAGGAAGAGCAGCAUGCUGGUGAGAAGCAGUUCACGAUUGAGAGAUGGCAGAUUGCCCGUUGUAAUAAGAGCAAGCCUCAGAAAUUUAUUAAUGAUUUAAUGCAAGUACUUUACACAAAUGAAUACAUGGCCACGCACAGUCUGACUGGGGCAAAAUCCUCUACUUCAAGGGACAAGGUUGUAAAGCCAGCUAUGAAUCAGAAUGAAGUUCAAGAAAUCAUAGGGGUAACGAAGCAGGUGUUCCCCAGCGCGGAUGACGUCUCGAUUAGACGGAUGAUAGGGCAGAAGUUGAACAACUGCACAAAGAAACCAAACGCUGCGAGCAAAGCUCCCAACUCUCAGGAUAUCAAGUAGACCCUGAUGGUAUCUUAAAAUAAAACAUGCUUGGUUUUCCAUCAAGCAUUGGACUUUGCUGGAGAACUUGAGGCACGUCAAGGACUGGCCGUAGUAGCCAUGGCUUUCCUGUUGAA